AUGCUUGCGACUUCCUCUUUUCUCUUCCUUCUCCCAGCUCUUGCUGCUGCCCAGUAUGGCGGCUAUGGUGCACCGGUGGGACCAACGACAACUACUGCGGCUGCAGUUACUGUCCCUUCAGCCCCACCCGACACGCCAGGACAGAUGAAUUCAGCAUUUGAAAGUCCAUGUGUCCAUCUUGCUGCUACGUCGGACUCGCCCACGGGAUUCGACUCAGGUCUGACGCAGGCUUCUACGUUCACGAUUAAUAUCACAGAUACGCAACCCAUCUGGUUCCACUGCAAAAUGGCGACCCAUUGCCUGAGCGGUAUGGUCGGCAGCAUUAAUGCCCCGCCGACUGGAAAUACGUUCGACGCGUUUAUGACUGCUGCACGAGCCAGCACGUCGCCUACGGAACCUGACAAUGGCCCAGUACUCGGCGGUGUCCACGGUGUGGCCAUAGCUGGACCUACAAGUAGCACUGGUACUUCGACCGGUGGAGGCACUUCUGGUGCAGUUAAGGUCACGGGAAGCACAGGUGCUGCACUCCUCUCCGUCGUGCUGGCAUUCUUCUUGGCUUGA